AUGAGGCAGGGUGUUUUUCUAAUUGUAAUGGUGGUAUUUUUGGCUAAUGCCGAGGACACGAAUCACGUUUUCGAUCCGUGUUCGGAUGCAAAGGUUCGAAAAUCGGACGGUUUUACAUUCGGGCUUGCAUUUUCGUCUAAAGACUCGUUUUUCUUCAACCAAACUCAACUUUCGCCGUGUGAUAAGCGUUUAUCCCUGGCGGGAAAUGGUGCCCAGCUGGCGGUGUUUAGGCCGAAAGUCGAUGAGAUUUCGCUCCUCACCGUCAAUAGCUCCACAUUUGAUCCUAGCAAAUCCGGUGGCUACAUGGUGGCAUUUGCCGGACGACGAUACGCGGCUCGUUCGCCAGCCGUGUUUGUUGCUGACAACACUCACACUGUAACGAGCUUUACCCUGGUUCUUGAAUUUCAAAAAGGUACACUCGAAAACUUGUUCUGGAAAAAGUUCGGGUGCGGGUCUUGCAGCGGGGGCUCGUUCGUGUGCCUCAACAACACCGAUUGUGCAGUCCGAAAUUCGAACUGCAAACAAAACGGUGGUUCGAUCGGGUGUGACGUGGGCAUACAGUUGGCCUUUUCUGGUACGGACAAAAACGAGAAUGUGCUAAACUCUUGGUACGAGGUGGCUAAUCUCAGGCAGUAUUCGCUAUACGCUCUUUACUCGGAUCUAAAAAGUUCUCUUACGAACCCGUUUAACGGCCUGUUUUGA